AUGAGAUUCCAAGGCAUCGCAGCCACCCUGGUCACGGCUCUGACUUCUGUCUCCGCUGCUCCAUUCGGCGAAAACACCGAGGUUCAAGCCCGCCAAGACACUAAGCCACCCUACUUCUUGCUGACCGGCGACUCAACCGUGGCCGUUGGCGGUGGUUGGGGAGACGGUUUCCUUCGCUACGUUCAAUCGCCGGCUGAUGGGAAGAACUACGGCAAGAGUGGUGCUACGACCGUUUCUUUCAGAGCCCAAGGCAUUUGGGACACCGUGAUUGGCGAAGUCCAGGCAAACAAAGAUGCAUUCAGCCCGAUCGUGACCAUUCAGUUCGGUCACAAUGACCAGAAGGAGGCGGCCGGCAUUUCGCCGGACCAGUUCCAAGCCAACCUCGAGACACUUGCGAACGAAGUCAAAGCUGCUGGAGGAACUCCGAUCUUGAUCACCUCCCUCACUCGCCGAGUCUUCAGCGGCGGCAAGGUCAUUCAGAACCUCGAGACAGAGAGACAGAGAGCCAUCGCGGCUGCUGAAGCCGUCGGUGCCAUCUGUCUUGACCUCAACACCGCCAGCACCAACUACGUCAAUGCUAUCGGUAACGAGAACGGCCACAAGUACGACCUUGCUUCUGGCGAUUCAACCCACCUGAAUGUCGCCGGUGAGACGGUCUUCGGCCGCUUGGUUGCCGAUCUCCUUCUCGAGAAGCGAACCGACCUUGCCCAGUACAUUGCUGAGAACAAGGCUCUGAGUGACAAGAUUGCGAAUGGAGAGUUCGCGACUGGUGACGAGUAA